GUGUUUAGAUCAUAUCCCAUUCGGAACGAUUAUUUUUAUUUGCGUAUUUUGCCGAACAACAUUUAAAAUUUACGGAGCAAUAUUAAUAACAACACAACACACGUGCCUUGUUUGAUAGAUAUAUUAUUAUUUGUAAAUAAAAUUACUUUAUUACGUGGUCUUUAUUUCGUUAACUUCAUUGAUUUUACAGUGGGUUACUCUAUUAAUUCAUGGAUGUAAUAGUUCUUUAAGAUGUUUUGCAGUUUAUGACGUAUAAUUCAUUGUUAGAUGCUAUACAGACAUACGAAGAAGAAAUGAUUACAAAGUAUCGUGUCACAAAGGAAUCAAAAGAUUUUUCAAGUUUUAUGACGUUUAUGACGUAUAAUUCAUUGUUAGAUGCUAUACAGACAUACGAAGAAGAAAUGAUUACAAAGUAUCGUGUCACAAAGGAAUCAAAAGAUUUUUCAAAAGAUGAUAAUUCUUCAAACGACUGCGACUUCAGAAAUCUCACGUUUAUUCGUACAUCUAAUUUCAAGAAAAAACAUUUAUAUAUUGGACAAUGGAUUUAGCACUAGAAACCUUUUUUUAUAAUUGAUGAC